CCACGAACGGCCCCAAAGGCAAAGACAUCACAAUUGAAACCGCCGCCCCAGUAUCAAGUCUCGGAAUUGUCACCCUCGCACCCACCCGAACCUACCCCUUCGACACUGUCUUUGGGCCUGAAGCCGACCAGGCGCUGGUCUACCACGAAGUCGUGAGCCCUAUGUUAGAGGAGGUCCUAAUGGGUUACAACUGCACCCUGUUUGCAUAUGGGCAAACGGGUACGGGAAAGACCUACACCAUGCAAGGCGAUCUAUCCACCACCCCGAUGGGGAACCCUUCACCGCAAGCGGGCAUGAUCCCGCGCGUCCUCUUCCGCCUAUUUCACCAUCUCGAGUCUUCCGGAUCAGAUUACAGCGUGAAGAUAUCCUAUGUGGAACUCUACAACGAGGAGCUCCGCGACCUCUUAGCCCCCGAACUCGCCGCGCCCGUCGGCUCGACGCAGCCUAUGGGAAUGGGCUCUCAGAAGGACGGCUCGGGACAAGGCAACCUCAAGAUCUUCGAUGACGCAAGCAAGAAGGGUGUCUUUAUCCAAGGCCUCGAGGAAGCAUGCGUCAAGGACGCCGCAGACGCACUCGCGCUGUUGACGAAGGGCAGUCAGCGGAGGCAGAUCGCGGCAACAAAAUUCAACGAUCAUUCCAGUCGUUCUCAUUCCGUGUUCUCAGUCACAGUGCAUACAAAGGAGACGUCCUCAAUGGGCGACGAUUUACUGAAGGUCGGGAAACUCAACCUCGUCGACCUUGCCGGUUCAGAGAACAUCGGGCGCUCGGGCGCAGAGAACAAACGAGCUCGUGAAGCAGGCAUGAUUAAUCAGAGCCUACUCACGCUCGGGCGGGUCAUCAACGCUCUGGUUGAUCGAUCUUCGCAUGUGCCCUAUCGUGAAUCCAAGUUGACCCGACUGCUCCAAGACUCCCUCGGCGGUCGCACCAAGACAUGCAUCAUCGCUACCGUUUCCCCCGCCCGUUUCAACAUGGAAGAAACCCUCUCGACACUCGAUUACGCCAUCCGCGCCAAGUCGAUCCGCAACCGCCCCGAGGUCAACCAGCGCAUGACACGCAACUCCCUGCUCAAAGAGUACGUCGCUGAGAUCGAACGUCUCAAGGCGGACGUCCUCGCCGCGCGCGAGAAGAACGGCAUCUUCUUCGCGGAGGAGCGGUGGAACCAGAUGGUGGCGGACCAGGAGCUGCGCGAGACAGAGAUGCAGGAGGCGCGCAAGCAGGUCGAGGUCGUUGAGAGCCAGAUGCGGAACGUCCGCGAGGAGUUUGAGCAGAGCAUUGCCCUACUGAUGAAGCGGGACGGUGAACUGAAGGAAACACGGGAGCAGCUGCAGGCUACUGAAGGCGAGUUGGAGGUUAAGGAGACCCAGCUCAAAGUCGUGAAGGGUGCAUUGGAGGAGGAGGUCGUGGUUAGACAAGCGCAUCAGACCACGGAAGGCAGACUGGACAAUGUUGCCAGUGGCCUGAAGAAGGUUGCCCAGGAGAGCUUAAGUGACCUUGGCCGUUUACACAACAAGCUCGAACGUAAGACGUCUGUGAUGGACUCCAACACGAAGGCUGUCUCCGCGAACGGCAAGGUCCUCACGACGGAAACACAGGCGCUGUCCACGAGACUGGAUACCUUUAUCAAGACAUCUACAACGCACGUCCAAAGACUACGUGUCGGGUCCGAAGAGUUCCAGACGAAAGAGCGCGAGGCGCUGGCUGCUAUCUCACAACGGAUCAACGAGCAGCUGGAAAAGGUUCGGGAGGCUCUCCAGACAAUCCACUCUCGUGAAGAGGCGUCUACUAGUGCAGUGCAGACAAUACAAAGUGCUGUCGAGGAGACGCAGGAGAGUGUCAAGAAGGGCUUUACUGCGUGGACCGAGGACCUACGGCAACAUUGCGAGGCAACGUGUCAAGAAGCCGAAGCGUCAAGUAUGGCGAGCUGUGCUAGUGUGGAGACAGCGUUCAAAGCUUUGGGAAAUGUCAUCGACACCGUUCUCCGAGAGGCGCAGACAUACGUCGCGACAGAGCGCAAACUGCUGCAGGAAGCCAAAGCUAUGGCUGACAACACCACGAAUGCAGAAAUUCUUCGACUGCAACAACAGAAUGCUUUGCUCACACGGCUGCUCGAAGCCGAGAAGACAAAAUCAGAUCGCGCAAAGGAUGACCUGAUCAAGCGUAUCUCCGGCCUUCUGGGCGACUUCACCGCCGAGCGCGAUCGUAGCCUGAGAGAGGCAUUCUCAGCGAUGACGGAGAGCAAUACGUCUGCUGAGCAGGAGAUGGUGUUGUUGGGCCAGGAGCAUGGUAAACGACUCGAUGAUGUUGUUGGCCGCGGCAAGCAAUGGAACCUGGACUUGGAGAAGCGAGGGGUGGAAGGCAAGCGGACGAGAGACAGUGGCAUCAAGACGAUCAAUGCCGCUCGUACUGUGAUACGCAGUGGCUUGUCCGACGUGCAGAGUUCAGUAUUGAACUCGACGUCUAUCUACACCGAGAGUCUGAAACGUCAGACUGGAGAAUUGGGCGCAACUUGCAGCGAAGCAUUGGAACGUGUUUCUCGAGCGAAGAGGGCGAGGAUCGAAACGACUGAUGCAUUGGCCGCCGAUACACAGUCGACGUAUCGAUACGUCCAGCGUGGCAUUGCGUCGACAUCACGCAACAUCGAAGCUUCGACCAGUAAGAUCGUCGGAGAAAGCUCUGCCUUGGCUACGGCCACCGAUACUUAUAGAUCCUCUGCGAUUGGGCACAUUGCGAGUCUCCGGCAAGCCACACAUUCUCUCAUUCAAGAUGGUAUGAAAGAAGAUAUGGCGACCGGAGCAACCCCGCGAAAACGUAGUUGGAACUUCGAAGACCAGUGGGAGCUUACGAGGAGCAGGGACGUGCUGUUGAAGGAAUGGAGGAGGCGAGGGCACUCUCAAGCCAAGAGCGAGACUUUCCUCGCAGAACAUUUGCCCUUGCCGGACGUCGAGGAGCCUGAAGAAGACCGAGAAGACGAGAUGGUUGUCGACUCGGGAACACCAGAGGAAGUGGAGGAGAGCAUCACGCCGCCCGCUUCGGAACUUGAAGACCUUCCACCACCACAGGUUAAAUCCCUCUCAUCAUCAGCGUCUUCGACAUCCUCCUCUAUACCCCCACCUCUUGCUGGUUUGAAAAAGCCGACGCAGGGAGUUUUCAUGACAAGAGGGACUCGUAGGAUUCAACGAUGAUGCAUGUCCUAUGUAUAGCAUCCUCCACCCGUGUAGCCGUUCUCAUAAUCUUAUGACCCUGUAUUAUAUGUCCGAAUACCACUUCUUUCAGCACCUCUGUAUCGCACUCUGGAGCUGUUCGUUGAGGCCUGAGGCUUUGAGCCCGUGGAUG